AUGUAUUCAAGCGACGAUUAUAAUGAGGGUGGAUAUGAAUCGCAUGGUGAUUAUGAACCACAUACUGGAGAUCCUCAAUAUGAUCUUGAUCAUGAUAGAUCCUACUAUCAAAUGCCGGAAAUGGUAAAGAAAUUCCUCAUCUACUUCAGGAACAUGAUCAAUGAGGGUGUUACAUAUGAGAUUCUGAAUCUCUAUGAGAAUACAUUCCCAAAAUUAACAGAGCAAUACUUUGAAAAUACACCAUGGCCUGAUGAGAAAGAAGUCUCUCCCAUCGUUGAUAAUGAUCAUGUAUUCAUGAUCCUCUACAAGGAGUUAUAUUUCCGUGAUAUAUAUGCGCGAGUUCCGGGGGGUCCCAAGCCUGAACAGCGGUUCCUCUCCUUUUACAACUACUGUGAUCUGUUCAACUACAUCUUAUCUGCAGAGACACCUGUACCAUUGGAGCUACCUGACCAAUGGUUGUGGGAAUUGAUUGAUGAAUUUGUGUAUCAAUUCCAGUCUUUUGCGCAAUACCGCUCUCGCACAUCAAAACUAAGUCCAGCUGAAAUUGAUGCUCUCAACACUGACAAUAAGGCUUGGAAUGUUCUUUGCAUCCUAAAUGUUCUUCACUCCCUUGUUGACAAAUCUAACAUCAAACGCCAGCUUGAGGUGUAUGCCGCAGGCGGUGACCCUGACUCCGUUGCUGGCGAAUUUGGGCGUCAUUCACUUUACAAGAUGCUUGGAUACUUCUCACUUGUAGGGUUAUUACGCUUACACUCCUUACUUGGGGACUAUUAUCAAGCAAUCAAGGUUCUUGAAAACAUUGAGUUGCACAAGAAGUCCCAGUAUUCACAUGUGCCAGCUUGCCAGAUCUCAACGUCGUACUACGUUGGCUUUGCAUACAUGAUGAUGCGGCGUUACGCGGACGCCAUACGCACUCUCUCCUCUGCCUUACUGUACAUGCAGCGUACGAAACAGCUGUUCUCAUCCCGUUCAUACCAGAACGACCAGAUCAAUAAGCAGACUGAACAAAUGUACAACCUCCUCGCUAUCUGCUUGGUACUACAUCCGCAGUGCGUCGACGAAUCCAUUCAACAGGUGCUCCGCGAGAAGAAUUACCACGAGAAGAUGUUUAAGAUGCAGUACGGGGAUCUCGGAGAGUUUGAGAGUUGUUUCACCAUGGCUUGUCCUAAAUUCCUCUCAGCUUGUCCGCCGCCAAUUGAACCUGGCUCCAACUAUGGCCGGGACGCUGUCAAGCAUCAGACACAAGUCUUUAUGGAUGAGGUCCGUCAGCAAAAAAUGCUACCUACAAUCCGUUCAUACUUGAAGCUCUACACAACCCUCCCACUCGCUAAGUUGGCCGCUUUUAUGUCUGCUGCACGCGGUGGAGACCGCGAGGCUGCUCGAGAGCAGGCUGCUCUUGCGAUUCAUCUGCUGUGCUUCAAGCACAAGAUGAAGAAUGUAGUAUGGACCAAGGGUCCAAGUGGACUCGACGGAAAGUUCCAAAGUGGUUCUGAGUUGGACUUCUAUAUCGACAACGACAUGAUCCAUAUCGCUGACACAAAGGUGGCACAUCGCUACGGAGACUUUUUCAUCCGAAAACUUCUUAAAUUCGAAGAACUCAACCGAAAAUUACACCAUAUUAAAAUCUAA